AUGUCUAAAGACCAAGAUUUUGAGCUGUCAGAUUUCCUUAUCCCAGAACAAACCACUGCAUCAACUACAUUCAAUGAAGAAGGACUAGAAGAAGAAGAGGAACAGUUUUAUAAAAUACCAAGAGUGAUAACUUAUCAAGGAAAUCAAUUGAAAAUUGUGCCGCCAGAUUGGAGGUUAUCCAAAUUGUUAAAGUUACAAAUAUCAACAUGUUUUGGUUGUAUGGUUAUUGUUGGUAUGAAUGAUCAAACUGUGGGUACCUUAAUCCCCACACUAAUCAAUUACUAUCAAGUUGAACAAACUUCAAUUUCAGUUGUAUUUGUGAUUCAAUUCUUGGGCUUUGCAACAAGUGCUUUGAGUAAUGAAUAUUUCCAUAAUAGAUUUGGUAGACGUGGUGUUAUGAUCCUUAGUAAUGUUGUUUUAUUCCUGGUUUAUUUUGUUAAUUCAUUCAAGCCUCCUUUCAAACUAUUUAUCAUUAUUUAUUAUUUUGUGGGCUUGGGUAUUGGACUUAUGGAUUCAUGUAUGAAUGUUUGGUUAAGUUCACUUGUGGAUCAUAAUGAAUUGAUGGGCUUCUUACAUGGAUUUUAUGGUGUUGGAGCGUUCAUUGCACCUCCUUUCAUAAGUUAUCUUUUAAAAUGGUUUGAUAAUGAUUUCAAAGUUUAUUAUAUGAUCUUAUCAUGUAUCACAAUUUUAUCUAUUGUUAUUUGUGCUUUAGUAUUCAAGAAUGAAACAAAAGAAAAAUAUCACUAUGAUAUUACCAAAGAUGAAUCUCAUGAAGAAGGUGAAAAUCAACAUCAAGGGGGAACUUUAGGUAUUGUAUUGAAAAUGCCAUUGGUUUGGUUAUUUGCUAGUUAUUUGUUUCUUUAUAUAGGAAGUGAAGUUUCAAUUGGAACAUGGUUAUUAAGUUAUCUAUUGAAAAUAAAAGAGCUUGAUCAAAUAUCAGCAUCAUAUAUUGUUUCUUGGUUUUGGAUUGGAUUAACAUUAGGUAGAGUUUUAUUAGGAUUUAUUACAAGAUUUUUCAAAAAUGAAUAUAGAGCUAAUUUAACAUAUGGUAUUCUUUCAUUAAUGUUUUACAUAAUCUAUACAAUAUUCACUUGGAAUGUUACAACAUCAUAUAAGCAUUUUACACUAAUGACAAACAUCAUAGUCGUCAUAUCCGGGGUAUUCAUUGGUCCAUUAUUUCCUACAGCUACAAUCACAUUAAUGAAGAUUUUACCAUCAAACUUACAUGUUAGCUCUGUUGGUAUCAUGACAAGUUUUGGUGGUUCAGGUUCAGCUAUAUUACCUUUCCUGAUUGGAAUUAUAACACAUACAAUGUCAUUAGAUAUAUUACCUAUACUUAUUAGUAUUUUGAUUUUUGGUUAUGUUCUUAUGUGGGCGGUUAUACCAAAGAUUAGUCCAAUUGAUUAUGAUUUUUAA